AUGUCGUUGUCGUUCCGCGGCGUGGCCGUCCUCAAGUUUGUCGGGACGGUGUCGCUUGGCCUCUUGACGGGCCUCUCCUACACCCUCUCCACCGUUACUGUCCCUACCCUCCUCACGCUGCCCUCGGCUCGCACCGCCUCCAAUGCCUUCCGCAGCCUGAAGGACGCCGCCUCCGUCCAGAUUCGCACGCUCUCGACCGUCGCUAGCUCUGCUUUCCUGGUCGCGUUCUUCACGUCGCCCCGCGCCGUCCGCCACCCGUACCUCCUGUACACGGCGCUACUUGUCAUCGGCGGCCGCUUCGCCGCCUCGGACGCUCUGGCGCCGUACCUGUUCUCGUCCUCGUCGUCGUCGUCUUCCGGGAACCCGACGACAGAUCCGUUUGCGCCGUCGUCGCCCCUCGGCAAGGACCUGCGGCGCAGCGGCUCGGCCUUGUCCACCUCGGCAUCUCACAUGGAGGCCAGCUACGAGGUGUUGGGCUCGGCGACUGCCGGCUCUGUGUCGGGUGGUUCAGUGUCGGACGCGCACAGCGACGGCAGCGCCGGUGAUGACGCUGAUACGCCCGCAGCCGGUGCCAACGGAGGCAACGGCUCUGCGGGUGUCAACGGUGAAGAGGUGCGCGCGGCUGUCGAGACGUUCCUGAAGCGGCAGAUUGUGCGCACGGUGACAAGCGGCCUCGCAUUCGGCAUGGCCAUUGUCGGCCUCUGGGGUGACGGCCUGCGCCGCGUGCCGGUCUGGAACGAGACGAUCAUUGUUGCGUAA